AGUCCUGUUUUUGAUCUAAAAGCUAUUAAAAAUAGACUAAAAAUUAUAGUCUAUAAAGUCUGUUUUUGUUUUUAAAAACAAUUGAACACAGACCAUGAAUUCUGUUAAAAAAGUCUGUUUUUAGUCUAAACCUGAUUUAAAACAGACUAAAUAUUAUACGAAAAUAAGUCUGAUAUUGGCCUGAAUAAGGAAUAGUAUGGGCAAAAACAGAUUAAAUUCUUAUAUAAAAAAAUACGAUUUAUAAACUUAAAUUAAAGAAAAAAUAUUUGAAUUUAUCAUUUAUUUUAAAACAGAUCUAACUUUCUGACCCGGGUUUUAAUGUGAAAGACUUAAGAGAAAAAUUUGCUGGGACAAGAUAUAUGUGGAGGAGGAGAAAGUCACCGGUGCUAAGCAGUAGUGGAAGUAGUUCAGUGUUCGCCACUAGAUCACGCCCAACCUAUUAUUGUCCUGUCCCUGGUUAUAUAAGUAUUUCAGAGUUAUUAUAUUCUAUACUUGAAAACAAUUCUGGCACGGGUACUUCUCUGUUAUUUGACAGAAUGACAAGUGCCUGUUUCGAUGGUCAUAUAGUAGAUGCUGUAUAACAUUGUGACAGCAAUGUCAAAUAUUUUUGUUUUCUUGAAAAAAUUGUUUUUACAAUCCAGAAACAUAAAAUAUAUUUUAGAUAAUGACAAAAAUUGAUUCUUGUAUCCAAUAAAUUCUGUUCAAUAUUUUAAAAAUAAUAUAUUUCGGCAAUUUUUUUUUUUUUUUUUUUUCAGUAUUUACUUACUCUGAAUAUUCUCUGGUUUGAGUAUGUAUUCACUCUGAUCCCACUCUGGAAAUAUUCUGGAAACACUCUGGUAUCAGUUUGUAUUCAAUGUGGAUGCAUAACGGUGUCAGUAUGUAUCCACUCUGGAUACUUUCUGGAAACACUUUGGAUUCGCUCCAUAUCCGCUCUGGAAAUAUUCUGGGUUCACUCUCAGAAAAGGGCACAAAACCGUUCUGGAAAUACUCUGGAGUCCGUAUGGUUGCAUCGUGUUACCAGAAUAUUUCCAGAGUGUUUUUAGACUGGGUUGAAAGUCGUAAGGGUUUGAACCUGCCACAAAAUUUAUUAGCAAUCACUGAUAUAACUCAACCUGGUUCAUCAAAAAAUACGAUUUCAUUGGUUGAAACCUGUAACGAGAUCAAUAGUUCAGUUAAUCCAGUUCCAAUUUCUGACAACUCAUUUAAUUUAUUAAAUUAUUUACAUAAUGAUAGCUAUGAUGAGAACCAGGAACCAGAAUUGCUGAAAAAGCUUAAAUCUCACCCGCACGGAUUAAACAUUUUAAACUGUUACAAGCUCAAUAAAACGCUAACAAAACCCACUCGAAAUUUGCUGGGACGACUAAUUAUUCAAAAAGAGCAUGAAGGUAAAAACUCAAUUGAAAAUCUCCCAUCAUUUCGAUACCAAGAAUUAGCUAAACAAAUAAGUGAAUUGUUUAGUAGUGAACUACCAAACACCUUUUAUACACCACAUGUAGCAAUUGGUGGUGGGGUAGUCCAACCGGCACGUGGUAUAUUACUAUCAUGUAAUAAUUAUUUGCGAAAACAGUACAUGAAGCAAAGUACUUUAACAACUGUAUUCUUAGAAAAAUCUACAGAUGUUACGAACAACGUCCCUUCUGACAGCAUACAAUUUUUAAAAACCUAUAUUGAUCCUUGGAAAAGUGUAAUUGAUCAUUGGAUUACAAGUUAUGAUGAAAGACAAAAAGACCUUUUAAAUUGUUCAAUCAACAGUUACUUCAUCAAAUUUCCUUGUUUAAAACAAGCCAAUGGAUAUACUUUGCUUGAAUUGGAUUUUGAUUUAAAAUAUCCUGAUAAAAAAAAUGCAUUUAAAGAAAAUUGGCCUUUCGUCCGUAAUCAACUGAAGCAUUUAUUUACUAGAUCCAGAAGACCAUCAGAUCCAGACUUACUAGCUUUGUCUUUACAAUUAAAUAGUCUUAAAGAUGAUGCUCUAGAUUUAGCAAUACUUUUAAUUCUUUCGGCUGUUUUUCCAAAACCACGAUUUAUUGCAAAGCAAACUGAUCUGAGUACAUCUCACAAGAGGAAAAGAUGUAAAACAAAUCAAUCGACUUCAACAGUUGUUGAGAAAAGGUGGAAUCCUACAAAGUCUGAAGCCCGUGAAGGAUUUUUUUUUCAUGUUCAGACAUCUAAUGACGUAUUGACCAGUUGGAAAAGAUUGCAGAAUACUUUGGAAACCUACGGCCUGCCACUUCAACCGAGACCUAUUGUUGUAGGGUCUAUUGAAAAUAUCAUUUCAUAUCAUUUAUUUAUUGAUGAAGUACAAUAUAAUUUUCAAUCAAGUAUUGAAGUUUUGGAAGUAGCAUUCAAAUCAUAUUAUUCUUUGAAUGCACAUUAUCCACCAGAAGCUAAGGCUGUAUGGCAGUUCAUAGAAUUAGCGUUAUUUAAACUUGAAGAAAAACAAAAACUUUCAGUUCCAGUUGCUGUAACCUCUUUGAUUGGUGAGCUCAGUAUUAAUUUCAACUAGAGCUCUUUAUUUUAUUUGUCUUAAUUUAUAUUUUAUACUUUAUAAUUUUUAUAUUUUUAAUAUUUUAAGUAAUUUAUUAAGAUGUCAU